GCGACAGUGGAAGAUGCACAGAGUCAGCCUGCCAGAAUCAGGGAGACAUCCAUGGGAAUUGACAGAAGCUCCAAGCUUACUUAGAUGUUUUGUGUUGCUGGGUUUUAGGGCUAAGAUUCUUCAAAUUAAAACUCGACUGAAAGGGAAUACACCUCUGAAAACUCCAGUCAACAUUCAGAGCACGUUGCCCUGCAUAACAUUACAUGAACUGGAUUCUUAUGCCUUCCAAGUGGGACUAUGAUCACAAGAGGAUGGAGCAGUCAACUCACAGCAUCAGUGAGGAUUAAGAGAGAUAUCAUCUUUUAAUUCUAUCACCUGCCAACUUCUUCACACCAAUCUCCAGCCACCGCCAACUAACCUCAAAAGUCUUCUCCCCAAGUGCUCUGCGUCAACAUCCCACAGGGAUUCCUGCUGCGGGAACAGGGAGCCGAAGGUUAAGCACAAGGGCUCAAAAGUCAGGGGUCAGGGGUCGGCACACAGAUCUCUAUUUCACAUUUCACAUCAGUAUGUUGUUCAUUGACCCCCACUGCAUUGUAUUAUAAUGCGCAAAUGGAUGCUGACAUGGAACCUUCAAAAUCUGUUCUCGGGACUGUACCUGCAUGCAAUCUUCCUGUUUGGUAGCGUGUGUGUGGUCUACAGUGACUGCACUCCUGAGCAACUUGCCGCCAUUAUGAACUGCUCCAGACACGAGCGCCACACCAGGAACUAUGACUACAUGGAGGGAGGAGAUGUGCGCAUCCGACAGCUGUUCAGCCGCACGCAAUGGUUCCUGACAAUUGAUGAUUUUGGCAACAUCAAUGGAACACAAGACCCAACCAACUGCCACAGUAUCCUGGAGAUCAGGACAGUGUCUGAGGGGGGCAUCCUUGCCAUCAAAGGCGUGAAGAGUCAGUAUUAUAUCUCCAUGAACAAGGCUGGACAGCUGCAAGGCAAGAGGAUCUACAAUGAAAACUGCAACUUCAAGGAGGUUUUCCUAGAAAACUACUUCAAUGCUUACUCCUCUGUAAAGUGGACUAAAAAUGGCAAAGAAAUGUUCAUAGCUCUUUCUCAGAAGGGAAGGCCGAUGCGAGGAAAGAAGACCAGGAGGGAGCAUGUUGCAUCGCAUUUCAUCCCAAUGAAGUGUAGAGAAGAGGAGAGGAGGGUGGAGUAAAAAGUAGAGGACUAAUGAAUUGCAAAUUAUAUCAGAUUUCAGUCAAAUAUCAUAUAUGUUAACAGACACAUUUAAACUCUUUAACAGCAUCACACUCAUCCACUCUCCUCCAGUUUGAUCUUUUAUGAUCUACUACUUUUUGUCAUUCUCAUUUCAAAGUAAGGUAUCAGAUUGGCAUGUUUGAGUACUCCAAACAACCUGAAAAUAAGAUGCUGAAACAAAAAAAUUGUGACAUUUUUUAAGUAACUUCCAUUGGUACGCCAAAUGUAAAACUAAUAAAACCUAUUCAAUGUUAUUAUUAUUUUGAGUAUUACAUUUCCUUACAAAACAUUUAAGUGUUUUCUUAUAAAACAGUCAAAUGUAUUACGCACAGUCGGACUGUAUCCUCUUCCAAAGAUUUACACCCUGCUGGAUGAGAAGACCUGUGAUGGUCAGCAGAAAGGUCCAGAGAAGAGAUUUGGCUUGACCAAGACGUCCUGAAGCAAGCUGGACUUGUGUUUUUUUAAUGGUACAAGUGCUCAGAGCACACGAAACUAAGGCAGGGUGGAUGGCACGCCCAUUAACAUUGUGUGCGUGUAGGAGUCUUUUUUGUACUGAUCUGUUGUGAACCAUCUGUCCUUCCUGCAGUGAAAACUCUGAUCAUUGUAGCUGUUCACUGAUUCCCUCUUCAUUAUUGAGGUGUGAUUUUGAGGUGUGAUUUUGAAAGCUAAAAUAUUCUGCUGCUGCUGAAAAGAU